AUGCACCAACUUUAAAAUAUUGAUUUAAGAAAAAUUUUCAGACUGUUUUUCUAAUCUACAAAUACAAAUUGUCCAAAUUGUCCAUGUUUUGGUAGAAAACCAAAGGCUAUUUAAAAGGUAUUUUUAUGAGUGUUAUUUUUAGAAUAAUUGUUAAAUUAGAAUAAAGUACUGA